ACUGCCAUCAACCUCGAGACCCUGCAACCAACCUGACCUGAUCUUGAAUAGGACAUGCAAUGAAACUUUCAGACAAGAUCGCGGCAUACGACUCGUCGCGUCCUUUCUACACCUUUGAGUUCUUUCCUCCUCGGACUGACCAGGGGUUCGAGAAUUUAAUUCCACGUAUAUCACGCCUGUCAACUCUAAAUCCCCUUGCAAUAAGUGUAACAUGGGGAGCUGGGGGUUCGACGAGAGAACGAAGCAUUGAUCUUGCAGGUCUAACCCAAUCAGAUUAUGGAAUCGACACCGUUUUGCACUUGACAUGCACAAAUAUGCUCCCAGGGAUGGUGGAUGAUGCUCUCAGGGCUGCAAAAGCGCGGGGUAUACAGAAUGUGCUCGCGCUACGUGGUGAUUCAUCUCGAGGAACCGAACAUUGGACACCCGUCGACUCCCAAUUUACUCGCGGAAUUGAUCUUGUGAAGUACAUCCGUUCAUCUCCGGAGUUUUCCGCCCACUUUUGUAUUGGCGUUGCAGCCUACCCAGAAGGUCACCCAGACCGCGAGACUGAUGAAGACGGUAGCUUAAAUGUCCUGAAAGAGAAGGUUGAUGCUGGAGCAGAUUUCAUCGUCACGCAACUAUUCUAUGACGCAGACCCGUUUCUUGAAUGGGUUGACAAAGUUAGAGCAAAAGGCAUCACUGUACCCAUCAUACCCGGUGUCAUGCCCAUCCAAACGUAUUCUUCCUUUUUGCGCUUGAUCAAGCUAUGCGGAGUGAAAGUUCCCCCAUCAGUCAUGGCUGCUUUGGAGCCUAUAUGUCAUGAUGACCAGCUUGUCAAGGACUAUGGUGUAGGCCUUGCUGUUGACAUCAUUCGGAAGAUUACUUGCACGGGAACAAUCAAGGGAAUUCAUUUUUGCACUCUAAACCUGGAGAAGAGCGUCCAACUUGUGAUAGAGAAACUGCAGUGGGCAGGCAGCAGCCCAACAAUAAAGAAUAGAUUGAUCGCUGAUGCUCCAGGACCGAUGAUUCAUGUGCAGCUCACUAACUCUUCCGAUUUGGUCAUCGAUCCCACCACAGCAACAAACACAGCAACAAGUGCGCUGACGUUUAAGCAAACCUUGGACCCAGAUCCCGGCCGAGGGGAGCUGAAUAAUGCAGCAACAUGGGACGAUUUCCCGAACGGUCGUUUUGGUGACUACAAGAGUCCUGCGUUCGGUGCUCAAGAUCAGUGGGGUGGUAGUGGCCUGUCUCAGUAUGAAGGUCUUAGUGAAUGGGGCCAUCCCAAAAGUACUGAUGACCUUACUUCGCUCGUUCUGCGCUACCUUCAUUCUGAGGUGUCCUCGUCCCCAUUUUCUUCCUUACCACUUUCUCCAGAGUCGCUGACUAUCCUGCCGCACCUCGAGCAGCUCACGAAGCGCGGGUGGUGGACGAUUUCUUCGCAACCCGCAGUAGACGGAGCGUGCUCUACUGAUGAAGUUUUCGGGUGGGGUCCGAGAGGUGGGUAUGUUUAUCAAAAAGGGUUUGUGGAGUUUUUCGUGGAAGAGCAAGAUCUAGAGAAGAUCGAGAAAAAGAUUAAGGAAAAGGGGCAAGGUUGGGUGCACUAUUUCGCCGGGAAUCUGCAAGGAGAAUGUAGAAGUAAUGUACCCGACGACGGCAGGAAUGCAGUCACUUGGGGUAUGUUUCCCGGGCAAGAAAUCACUCAGACGACCAUAAUCGAGCGCGAAUCUUUCCUGACGUGGAAGGAUGAAGCAUUCUCUAUCUGGGCUGAGUGGGCCUCUUUCUACCCACCAGGGUCCGAGGAAAGAGAGCUAUUGAAUUCUGUUCGCAGGGAGCGGUGGCUAGUGAGCGUUGUACAUCAUGACUACAAGCGACCAGACGCGCUAUGGACGUUCCUACUAGAUGGAGAACUAUGAUGCGUGUGCUAGCAUGUUCUAAUUUGUCGGAAUAGUUUUGUUUCUGCUAAGUCUGUUUACAUAACUGGGGAAAUUUACGAUUAGCUAAUGAAAAUUCUGUACAUGAACCCGGCG